GCUUCAGCACGAAAAGAGACCAAAAAAUUUCUGACGAGCAAGACUGGUCAUUAUGCUGUUCUAUUACUGGUUUCGCUCGAUAUCAGUUGCAUCUUUGCAGAUCUUCUUAUCACGUCUCUGGCUUGCGAAGGCCAUAUUCCGAAGAAAGAUGCCGAUCAAGCAGGACAGGUCCUUGGGAUAGUCAGCUUGGUGUUCUCAUGCCUGUUCAUGGUUGAGUUAUUGGCUAGUAUAUGGUCAUUUGGACUCGCGUUCUUCAACUCGUAUUUCCACUGCUUUGAUGCAAUUGUGAUUGUUGCCGGGCUGAUCAUCGACAUCCUGCUCAGAGGAACCUUAGAAGAGAUUGGCUCGAUUGUGGUGGUCUUGAGGUUGUGGCGAGUGCUCAAGAUCAUUGACGAGCUGAGUGCCGGUGCAGCAGAACAGAUGGAGCCCCUCAGUGAACGCAUUGAAGACCUUGAGAAGCAGAAC